UACGUAGCAACUAGCAAACUGCCAAAGUACCCAUUAGCUACUAAUUGUCUAGUAAGAACAACUACUGACAACUAACAACGUCCCGACUCCCGGUAGUCGGUAUAUAGUAUAAUUAUAAUUUAUACUAUGUUUAUUUCCAACAUUUCUCGCAGUGUUAGUAUUUAUAUAAUAUAGUGUCUUUAUAAGUUACUACUAUAGUAUUAUAGAGUAUUAGUGUGGUUACUGGUUAAUAUUUUAAUAACGACUAACUAAUUGAUCGUUGAUCACAUGUUUCAUAAUAAUAUUAUAUUGAUCUACGUAGCUACAAACUUCUCAUUAUGACGAAUCUCGUGCAACUUUAAUAUUAUUUUUAUUUAAUCUCAUUUUGCUUACUAUAAUACAGUUUUUAACAUUAAAAUUAAAAUGUAUUCAUUUUUAUUAAAAUUGAGUGUAAUUACUGGCUUGUUCAUCACUGUCUGUGCAAAGUCUAUUCGUGAAGUUGGUUUGCAUGAAGAAUUUCUCGAUGAACGAUAUUACAAUACUACUGAAAUAGCUAAUCUACUUUAUAAAAUUGAAAAACAAAAUCCAAUGAUAGCCAGAGUACAUGAAAUCGGUGAAUCAUCAUUGGGUCAGAGUAUUUUAGCCAUUGAAAUAACAUCUAAUAUUGGACAAAGUAGAAGAAUUCUGAAGCCAAUGUUUAAGUACAUAGCAAAUAUGCACGGAGAUGAAACAGUUGGUUUGCAAUUGUUAUUAUAUUUAGCUCAAUAUUUGACAUCGCUUUAUGGUUCAGACGAUCGUGUAUCUAGAAUUGUGGAUACGACUGAUAUAUUCCUGAUGCCUACACUUAACCCAGAUGGUUAUUCUGCUUCACAGGAAGGUGAUUGCAAUUCUCAAAAAGGCUAUGCUGGCCGAAAUAAUGCAAAAGGUGUAGACUUGAACAGAAAUUUUCCACAAAUAGAUAAAAAGUCUUUUAACAUGCAACAACCAGAAACCAGAGCAGUUAUAGAAUGGAUUCUUAAUAAUCCAUUUGUCUUGUCAGCAAAUUUUCAUGGUGGUGCUGUUGUAGCCAGCUAUCCUUUUGACAAGUAUUAUUAUAGAAACAUUUCUCAGGGAGGCAAAACACCAGAUGAUGCUUUGUUUAGAUAUUUGUCAAUAAAAUAUGCCUCGAAAAAUCCUAAAAUGGCUAAUGGGUCGGCUUGUCAAGAAGAACAUUUUAAAAAUGGUAUUACUAAUGGUGCUGAGUGGUAUGAACUUGAAGGUGGAAUGCAAGAUUUUAACUAUAUAUACUCUAACUGUUUUGAAAUUACAAUCGAACUUACCUGCUGUAAAUUCCCAUCUCCAUCUGUGCUGACUAAAGAAUGGGAAUAUAACCGUGAAUCUUUGUUAACUUAUAUGGAGAGUGUUCAUAUGGGAAUUAAAGGAUUGGUUCAAGAUGAAAAUAAUAACCCAAUUCCAGGGGCUACUAUACAUAUCGUAGGCAUAAAUCAUACUGUAAAAACUACAAAUAGAGGUGAAUAUUGGAGUUACAAUGCAUCAGUGUAUCGAAAUAUUUUGGUGAAGAAUGAUACUUUACGUUCUACAACUGUCAACUUUACACUCCAUACAUUAAAACAAUCGUCAGCUGUCGAUUUGAGUACGAUAGAGAUGAAGCACGGACAGAGAGACGGUGAUGGUUUCCCUAUUCCCGUGGCGUUCGUGCACCACAAUUACGAUCGUCUUGUAUCCGCGUUGAACUUGAUUAACGUCAACUAUCCAAACAUCACCAGAUUAUACACCGUGGGCAAAAGUGUGCAAGGGAGAGACUUGUACGUGCUAGAAGUUUCCACGAGUCCCGGACGACACGAACCUGGCAAACCGGAGUUCAAGUACGUUGCCAACAUGCACGGGAACGAAGUGAUCGGUCGGGAAAUGUUGCUGUUGCUUGCGCAGUACUUGUGCCAGAACUACGGUAUCGACCAACGCGUCACCAGGUUGGUUGACGGAGUGCGGAUACAUCUGAUGCCGACGAUGAACCCGGAUGGAUACGAAAUAUCCACUCAAGGAAUCGAAGACGUUAACGACGUGGUUGGCCGUGACAACGCAAACAGAGUAGACUUGAAUCGAAAUUUUCCGGACAAUAGACAUUCCUUGCACUUAUCAAAACAAGAACCGGAAACCAAAGCAAUCAUCGAAUGGAUCAAAAGCAUUCCGUUCGUUUUGAGUGCCAAUCUACACGGUGGAGCUCUUGUAGCCAACUACCCUUUCGACAGCAGCCCGAUCGAUGGUAAUUCCAAUCCACAGGCUUCGUAUACCCCCGACAACGAUGUAUUUGUGCUACUAGCCAAAACAUAUUCUAUGAACCAUCCGAAAAUGCAUUUGGAUAGCAACAAGUGUGCAAACGAUACAACGUCUUUCAAGGACGGAAUAGUCAACGGUGCCUCGUGGUACAGCGUGGUUGGCGGCAUGCAAGACUUUAACUACUUAAACACAAAUUGUUUCGAACUCACAUUCGAGCUGGGCUGCACCAAGUUUCCAUUUCAGAGGAAUUUGGAAGGUUACUGGCUGGACAAUCGAGAGCCGCUGCUCACUUUCAUGGAACAAGUGAACAGGGGUGUGAAGGGAUUUGUGCUGGACGACAAAGGGCACGGUGUGCGUAACGCGGACAUAUCGGUCGUGGGCAUUGAACACCCCGUGAAAUCGGCGAGCGAUGGCGAUUACUGGCGGAUAUUGGUGCCGGGAGACUAUGAAAUAUCGGUGACAGCAUAUGGGUAUAAAAGGAAGACUCAGUCCGUCCAUGUUUACAACUCCACGACACCCACUUGGUUGAACUUUACGUUGCUCAAGGAAAACCUUGAUGAAUGGUCUCAAGUCAAUGAUUUUGGAAUAAGAUCGAAUGUGAUUAAGAUGAACAAUUACAAUACGAGAGCAUUGUUUCUGAGCAAUCUUAAAGAAUUGGAAAAUAGUUUGUCGAAUGUAGCCGAAUUAGUUCCGACACCUAGUUCUUUAGACCACGGUUCAGCGGAAACAAUUCAAUUUAAAGUCACUGAAAAUGUGGGGUCACCCGACGAAUUCAAAUUCAAAAUUGCCAUUUUGGGUGGACUGUACAUCAAUGAACCUGCAACUCGGGAGAUAUUAUUAUUUUUGGCUAGACAUUAUGUCGAGGGUUACAGAAAAAAGGACAAGGACAUAGUUUUGUUUUUAUCAAAAGCCGUGUUACAUUUUAUACCUUACUUUGAACAAAACGAGAAUUCUUAUGAAAAGAUAUGUUCGACCGACGAUCAAGCUGUAGUUACCGCACCACUAUUGAUAGCCACUAACCAACAAAAUGAGCAGAAGACCACUGAUAACUUAUGGAAAAUGUUACAACGAGAACAGUUUGAUAUGAUGUUCAGUCUGGAAGGUGGAUCUAUUUCAAUAAAGGGUCCAACAAUUCAUCCAAGGAACACAAUUUCCAUAAUACUACAGGAUUAUGAAGAAUUAUAUUAUAGUAACUUAAAAAGUACUUGCGGUGAGCCAUUAGAUCGUAAAAUCAAUGAUGUUAAACAAAACGUCUUGGAUACAUUCAAUAAUGUAUUAAAAAUUAAAACUAUGGCAUUACGUUUAACUUGCUGUAACUACAUAGAUCCGUUAGAAACAGUGUUUGUUUGGAUGGAGAGUUUCCAUAUGCUCAAAGUCAUCAUAGAAAACAUUCAAGGUGUUCAAGGAUCAGUUGUAGAUAAAUUAGGCAAUCCUAUUCGGAAUGCAAUCGUAAGAAUAAAUAUGUUUGCUGAUGUUUAUACAGUCACUCCUAAUUCUGCUGUUUUUAAGGCACACUUGCCGAUAGGUUUAUAUAAUAUUCAUGUCAAGGCAACCGGAUAUUUGAUGAAAAGUAUACCGAUAAGUGUGCACCGUGGAAUUAUUACUAAUAUCAAAGUUAUCAUGUCACAUGUUGGCCAUGGUUCUGUAACUCUAGGAUUAAACGCAUUGGUUAAGGGUUCUGUUAUGGAUAUUGAAAACAGACCAAUAGAGGGUGCAAUCAUAACGGACGAUUCAUCUUCUUCGGUGUCCUCUAGUUAUCAUAAUGGGACUUAUAAAUUAUAUGUUGGAGAAGGUAUCAGAACUAUACGAGUAAAUGCUCAUGGAUAUUACACUUCCAUAAAAUCAAUAAAUAUUCAAGACGACAAACCUCAGACAGUGAUUUUUAAAUUAAUUAAAGACGAAAGAGUUUUUAAUAUGCCAAGGUUGAUGUUUAUAGUCCUUACAGUUUUUGUAAUCUCCAUUGUUGGAGUAAGUUGGUAUCAUUUCUACCUUAGAUGGAAAACUGGAAGACCGUCGUCAUUCGCCUAUAGAAAUGGUUUUGCAUUGCUGCCACAAAAACCUUAUCUUUUUGAUGACGAUGAUGAAGUGGAACUAUUUCGCAACCCAGUCAUUAAAGAUUCUGUGACUAGGCCAUACCACGAUGAUUCAGACAUAAGUUUCACAGAUAGUUCAGAAGAAUCAGUACCUUGUUAUGUUCGGUAAUCAUUUAAAACUCACUAUAUUUUAUUGUAAAUUUAAGAACAUGUCCAAUGUGCUAUACUACUUGGGGGCCAAGUCAAAAUUUUGAAUUUCCAUUAUAUACUUAUCAGCGAAAGCAUGUGGUUAACAUGUUUUAAUGGGAAAUCUAUGUCUUGUUAAGUAGCACCAGUAGUGGAAUCCUUAAUUGUUCAAAAUUUAAGAGGCCUAUUAAUUAUUAUUAUACUGACCCUUUAGUAAGCGACAUUUUAUUUUAUAAGUUUAUAUAUAUUACAAAUAUGUUUAACAUCACAUCUAACACAUACUAAAAAGUGUAUUUAAGUCAUUAUUUAAGAAGAUCAAUGAUAAUUUGCACCACAUUUAUUGUUACUUGUUAAUUAAUUUAAACAAAUGUAUAACCGAUCAGACCUUGUAAUAACUAUUCUGGUUUUUAAUUAAUAAAUUCAUUACAUUUUUUAUACUUGGAAAAUAAGCUUGAUGAACAAAAUUGUAAUGUUAAAUUGUUAACUAAAAUUUUAUAUUUUUGAUAUAAAAUUAAAAACUAUUCAGUUA